GCACAAAUAGACCCAGGGUGUGUGUAUCUACGCCAGUGAAACUCCAUCUGAACUGCUGCAUGAAGCUGAAGAGGGCAUUACAUUAAUAGAGCAGGAAUCAUCUCCUGCCCACAGAGAGAGCGAUGAUCCUCACUGAUCUUUCAAAGCCCACAAUGAUUAUAGGUUUCUUCUUCCUGCUCUUCUUCAUGGGGGGAAAUGCCUCCAGCGUAGAGCUGCAAGAUGACCAACAGACACUCAAUGAGACAAUUACCAGAGGGGGAAAUGCCUCCAGCAUAGAGCUUGAAGAUAACCAACAGAUGUUCAAUGAGACCUUUACCAGAGGGGAAAAUGCCUCCACUAUAGAACAACAAGAUGAUCAACAGUCCAGCAAAUCCAAAGAAGAUGAAGAGAAUAGUCCUAAAAGCUGCAGAUAUGUUGACAUUAUAAACUACCUGAACCUGACCCAAGACAAGGACAUGUACAUUAUGACAAGGCCUGUGGAAAAUUACAGUGAUGUUACACCCGUAUACCAUAUUAUGGCAGUUGAAGCCAUCUUAGAUGUGCAUUGGCGGAAUCGGUUCACAUAUUGGGACCCAGAUAAUUUCUGUGGACUUGAAAAUAUAACAUUUCCUACUUCAAAUUUGUGGACGCCAGAUCUAACUAUUGAAGAAAGGACAGACAAGGACAAAGAGACUAAAAGUCCUUAUCUCUUAAUUCUCUGGUUUGGUUGGGUCGAAUACACAAAUGAGCAGGUGGUGACAACUGCCUGCAAGAUGCUUGUCUACAAAUUUCCCUUUGAUGUUCAAAUGUGCAACAUCACCUUCAAGUCUAUCAUGCAUUCUGAUAAUGAAAUAGAAUUAAUUUACAACGAAGACAAUGAAUCGAUGACAGAUUUGACACGCAGCAUGAUGUGGAACCAGUACGAGUGGACGUUCGAGAACUUGACAUCCACAACCAAAUCCAGCAUUAUGUAUCCAUAUCAAACUGCAAUUAUUUACACUAUCACGAUGAGAAGGAGGUCAGUCCUCUACGCUGCCAAUUUCAUUUCUCCAGUGCUCUUCUUCUUGGUUCUGGACUUGGCCUCUUUCCUGAUCCCAGAUGCUGGAGGCGAGAAACUCAGCUUCAAGGUCACUGUGCUGCUCGCUGUCACAGUGUUGCAGCUUAUUCUGAAUGACAUUCUGCCCAGCACUUCACAAAGGGUUCCACUUAUAGCUAUCUACUGCAUUGGGAUUUUUAUUCUGAUGCUGCUCAGCCUCCUGGAGACUAUUGUGAUGAUGUAUCUGAUUGAGAAAGACUCUGCAGCCCAUCACAAUGAGAUGGAUGAAGAACAAAGCCUGAGUUCAAACUGUGGAGACAAAUGGUUCAAAGCCAACUUCUGUGUUAGAGGAAGGAAAUCUAGUGACUGUGCAUCUGUUUGUGAUGAAAGUGCCGAUGAAACGCAAUCUGUGACUGAAAAGAGGAGCAGCGACAAGCUGACAGAGGUGUCCCUUGGUCUUGAACAAGUCUCAGCUGAACUGAGAGAGAUUGGGAAAACAAUAAGUCUGCUCAGCAGUAACGAGAAGGAAGAGAAGUUCGGAUACUGGGCCAGAAUGAUGGGCUUCUACAGAUUUGCAGUCAAGGUUUACGGGACAACAUGGCUGACAGCUCUCUAUCCAGACAAUUUGAAAGACACUGCACACAGUCAAUCUCCAAUCUCGGUGGAGAAGUGUGGAGAAGAUGUGGAAAAUGGAGUAACAGCUUUUGGUGGAGACAGUGUGCUGGUGUGGGGCAGCAUCUUCCUCACUGAAUAA